ACAGAUUACAUGCUGCACCAUCUCCAAAUAGAAGAAAGCCAAAUCCCAGAAAUGUCCCUGGAAUUGUACAAAGAGUAUGGGACAACAAUAGCUGGUCUUAAGGCACUGGGUUACAAAUUCGACAACGAUGAGUUCCAUGCAUAUGUUCAUGGAAAAUUGCCAUACCAUACACUGAAACCUGAUCCUUUGUUGAGGAAUCUGCUUCUUUCAAUGCCACAGAGAAAGAUGAUCUUCACAAAUGCAGACAAAGCUCAUGCUGCAAGAGUUCUAAGCAGGCUGGGCCUGGAAAACUGCUUUGAAGGAAUCAUAUGCUUCGAGACACUGAAUCCAACUGAAAAGGUCACUACUACUCUCAGAGACAAUGUAUCAAACACUGAUAGGGCCAAUUGCGAGGGAAGAAUACUCUGCAAGCCAUCUUUGGAAGCCAUCGAAACCGCCAUGAGGAUCGCAAACAUCGAUCCCAAGAAAACAAUAUUCUUUGACGACAGCGCAAAAAACAUUGCAGCAGGAAAGGCAGCAGGUCUUCAUACUGUCCUUGUUGGGAGGUCAGUGCCGGUACCAGGGGCUGAUCUUGCACUGGAGAGCAUUUACAACAUAAAAGAAGCAUUGCCUGAGAUAUGGCAGGAUGGAAAGCAGACGAAACCAGUUAUUGCGGCCACCGCAGUGGAAGAAACCACAGUCCUUGCAUGAGCAUCAUCAUUGGAGGAAUCAACGGACAGCCAUUCAACAUAUAUGACAAGUAUGGAUAUAUAACAUUGUACUUGGGUUAUAAGCAUUGUGGAUGCUUUAUAUGCUCUUGGUCCAUUUUGGGAGACCAGAGUGUAAACUUCUCUUACUUUUCUUAAGGCUCUCAUGAACAAUCUUAUCCUGGUGUCAAAACCCACCCUCACUACUGAUUAAGAUUAUUGAUAACUAAUUUUAGAUGAUUCUUCAGAAACCAUCCAUGUUGUACAACAAAUAAAGAUUUUGAUUGGACGACCAAUGAUAUUAAAAAUUAAAAUGUUUGGCAAGCACAAUGUAUAUUAAGUUCUAAUCUCUCCUCUCCCAUACAAGUUGGACUCAGCUUGAUAUAUAAAAUUUAAUGCUAGGAAGAUCUUACUUAAAUAUUAAUUAAAAACCUAAUGAAGAGAGAGAGAGGUAAAUAUAAACUCACAAACUACUCUAAUGAAUAGAAAAAGGCAAAAACAAGAU